ACCUGCGAGGAUAACCUGUCUUCACCUGGACUUUGGUCUGUGGGAGCAAACACGGGUCAGUCCACCUCUAGAGGCGGGGGUAGUGGGGGAGGCCCAGCAACCCCCUCCCGCGAGCAGCACUUGGUUCAGUCCGGAGCUCCAUCAGAACCAAGAUGGCUGAGUGAGUCUCUCCGCGCUGGAAGUUCACUUCUAAACCCAGAAGCGUGUCGUCCUCCCGGGCUCUGCUGGCCGUGCCGGACCGCCGAGCCGGGCCCGCUGCGCUCCGUCCACCCGCCCCGGUGAGUCCAGCUCCGCUGCCGGGCCGCGUGAGCAGGCGGGGGCUCGUUUCGGUGCGAGUAGCGGAGGUAGCCUCGCGGCUAGCGGCGGCUCGCUCCGCGAUAAGGGGACUCGGUCCGGCUCUCCCCGGGGCGGUGCGGUCCGGGGAGCCACGGCCCGCUGGGACACGGAGCAGCCGCGGUUCUGGUUACGGUUUAGCUCCCGGGUGAAGGUUCCACACGGUCUGAGACCUCCGAGGACCACGGCGGGCAUGCUAACGUAAACAGAGGGUCUGCCCGGACUAGCCUUUAGCAUGCUAGCUGACUCCGUGAAUGGUCCAGUGAGGCGGCGCUGAAGGACUGAUGACUGUGGAGGCGUCGGACGUUCAGGUUUCUGGUGUGGGAUGUCCAGGCGUGGCGGACUGAAGGGGUCCGGCCCCGCGGCUGCUGAGGGACUGCAGAGACUUUCCCACCUGGACUGUAGAGACGCCUUCCCAGCUGCUUGAGACGGAGGCUGACCAGCAGCAGGCGGCGGCGGCGCCCCCUCCUGCCUGAUAUUCAGGACUCGGCUGGCCCUCAGAAAGAAACCCCGUUCCGUUGGACUGUUUGCUCCUGGUUUUCUCCCCCCUCCCUUUAACCGAGUCGUCUCUUCAGGCAGCCGUUUUUGCGCUCCAGAGCUAGAAGCAGAGGGCAGCUAAUGGACGAUGCUGGCCAUGGUGACCUAGUGUAAAUGGCUAUUCUUCAGCACAGCCCAGUGCCAGUAUCUACUGCUAGACCCUCCUCUUCCUCGCCCCUCUCCUCCCGCCCCCGCUUGCCGACCGGACUCGGCUCUGCCCUCCAACACCAUGGUGGGCGCGGGCUUCGGCGUUUUGAAACUAACCCGAGGUGUCCGCAAGCUGGAGCUCCACCGCCUCAUCCUGGUGCUCAUCGUCUUCUGCCUGCUGUCCAUGGCCUUCCUCGCUUACUACGUCUCCAACAGCCCCAAAAUCAAAGAGGCCCCGCCCUUACCCCUGAGCGACUGCGACGGAGGCGGGGGGCUCUCCCUCAUGGUUAACAUCGGCGGGCCCGGCGGCCAGAGGGCGCCUCUGUUCCUCCCCCCGCGCCAGAGCCGCCAGCAGAAGGUGAAGCCCGUGGACAACUCCCGCACGGAGCUGGUGGUGCUGGUGUUCGUGGAGAGCGCCUACUCCCCGAUGGGCCAGGACAUCGUGGCCGUGCUGGAGUCCAGCCGCUUCCACUACCGGGCGGAGGUGGCUCCCGGCAAGGGCGACAUGCCGACGCUGACCCAGCACAACCGCGGGCGCUACUCGCUCAUCAUCUUUGAAAACGUCUUGAAGUACGUCAACCUGGAUCCGUGGAACCGGGACUUGCUGGACAAGUACUGUACGGAAUACGGAGUAGGUAUGAUUGGCUUCUUCAAAGCCAAUGAGAACUCUCUGUUCAGCGCUCAGCUGAAGGGCUUCCCCCUCUUCCUGCACUCUCACCUGGGGCUCAGGGACUACUACAUCAACCCCAACGCGCCGCUGCUCUACAUCACCAAGCCCAACCAGGUGGAGAAGGGCCCUCUGCCCGGCGACGACUGGACCAUCUUCCAGUCCAACCACUCCACCUAUGAGCCCGUGCUCCUGGCCUUCACCAAGUCCUCGGAGUCGCUGGCUAACUUCGGACCCAACGCCAUGCGGCCUCUCCACGCCACCGUGAUCCAGGACCUGGGCCUCCAUGACGGGAUUCAGCGGGUUCUCUUUGGAAAUAACCUCAACUACUGGCUUCACAAGCUGGUGUUCAUGGACGCCAUCGCGUACCUGACGGGGAAGAGGCUGUCCCUCUCUCUGGACCGGUACAUCCUGGUGGACGUGGACGACAUAUUCGUCGGCAAGGAGGAAACUCGGAUGAAGAUGUCCGACGUGGACGCGUUACUCAACACACAAAGCAAACUGCGAGCCCUGGUCCCAAACUUCACCUUCAAUCUGGGGUUUUCCGGAAAGUUCUACUACACAGGCACUGACGAGGAGGACCGGGGGGACGACAUGCUGCUGCAGCACCGCCUGGACUUCUGGUGGUUCCCUCACAUGUGGAGCCACAUGCAGCCUCACCUCUUCCACAACGUCAGCGUCCUGGCCGAGCAGAUGAGGCUCAACAAGAUCUUCGCUCAGGAGCACGGCCUCCCGGUCGACAUGGGCUACGCCGUGGCGCCGCACCACUCCGGCGUCUACCCGGUGCACAGCCAGCUGUACGAGGCCUGGAAGUCGGUGUGGGGCAUCGAGGUGACCAGCACCGAGGAGUACCCCCACCUGAGACCGGCCCGGUACCGCCGGGGCUUCAUCCACAACGGCAUCAAGGUGUUGCCGCGGCAGACGUGUGGCCUCUUCACACACACCAUCUUCUACAACGAGUAUCCAGGAGGCUCCAAGGAGCUGGACAAGAGCAUCCGAGGAGGAGAGCUGUUCCUCACAGUCCUGCUGAACCCCAUCAGCAUCUUCAUGACUCACCUGUCCAACUACGGGAACGACCGCCUGGGCCUCUACACCUUCGAGUCCCUGGUGAAGUUCGUGCAGUGCUGGACCAACCUCAAGCUGCAGACGCUGCCCCCCAUCCAGCUCGCCAAGAAGUACUUCGAGCUCUUCCCCGAGGAGCGAGCGCCGCUCUGGCAGAACCCGUGUCACGACAAGAGGCACAAAGACAUCUGGUCUAAAGAGAAGACCUGUGACAGACUCCCCAAAUUCCUGGUUGUUGGACCACAGAAAACAGGCACUACAGCACUUCAUUCAUUCCUGAACCUCCACCCGGCAAUCACCAGCAACUUCCCCAGCCCCUCCACCUUCGAGGAGAUCCAGUUCUUCAGUGGGCCCAGCUACAACAACGGGAUCGACUGGUACAUGGACUUCUUCCCGUUCCCCUCCAACGUCAGCACGGACUUCAUGUUCGAGAAGAGCGCCAACUACUUCGACACGGAGCUGACGCCGCGGAGAGCCGCCGCACUGCUGCCCCGAGCCAAGAUCCUGGCUCUGCUCAUCAACCCGGCGGACCGGGCCUACUCCUGGUACCAGCACCAGAGGGCUCACCAGGACCCUGCAGCCUUGAACAGCAGCUUCUACGAGGUGGUGACGGCCGGGCCCUCGGCCCCCGCCAGCCUGCUGGCCCUGCAGAGACGCUGUCUCCUCCCCGGGACGUACGCCGUCCACCUGGCGCGCUGGCUGCAGCACUACCAGCCCAACCAGCUGCACAUCAUAGACGGAGUCCUGCUGAGGUCCAAACCGGCGGUGGUGAUGGAGGGGGUCCAGAAGUUCCUCGGAGUCACUCCUGUCUUCAACUACACACAAGCUCUAAUAUACGAUGAGAGCAAAGGUUUCUGGUGCCAUCGAGGGGAAGGAAAUCGAACCAAGUGUCUGGGGAAGAGCAAAGGCAGGAAGUACCCGGAGAUGACCUCGAAGACGCGUGCCUUCCUGUCAGAGUUUUACCGUGAACACAACAUGGAGCUGCUACGUCUGAUGAACCGUCUGGGACAUCCGCUGCCGUCCUGGCUGCGACAAGAACUCCGGCAGUGGAGCUGAGGACGCCUCUUUCUCUCACACACACACACACACACACACACACACACACACACACACAAACACACACACACAGCAGAACCUCAAGGACCCGGUGUGUUUGCUGCUGGUGGAGGAAAUGGAACCGCAGCACGACGUCUUUCUUUAACUGCUGGAGGAAGAACGAACCCGGGGACGCCUGGCGCUGUGGAGAGAGAGAGAGAGAGAGAGAGGUUCACUCAGCCUUAACGUGAACAUCUCAGACUGCUCACAUGUGGAGUGUGUGACUGGAAACUGAACUGACACACACACACACACACACACUGCUCUCUCCACAGGACUGAUUGUAAAGCAGUGUAUUUUAAAAGAAGCAGUUUAAUUUACAGGUGUGGGGACAAGUAAGAAACAAGAGGCAGCAGGCACCACACACACACACACACACACACACACACACACACACACACACACACACACACACACACACACACACACACACACACACACACACACACACACACACUCUCGCUCUCUGGUCCAGCCUCUCCUCUCGUCAGCUGGUGACACACUGAAGCAAGGCAUCUUUUUAAAUGUUUUACCCUUCCAGUGGUUUAAUGAACUCAGAGGUCAAAGGUCACAGUUUAUAAGUCACCUGAAGACUUCUGACAGUGUUUCGUAUUAAAAUCCCACAGAAGUAUGUUAAUCGUGUUGAUUCAGAAGACACUGCAUGAGGAAAGGAAGUGGAGUGAGACUCAUCUGCCUCUGCAGCAGCGCCUCGCUCCGCCAGGCGGCGCCUUCAGGAACCUGUCACCUUUAAAGAAGCCAGAGUAAUCGGAACGGGAUGUUUUUAAAGUGAGCUCCAGUGACGACCCGCUCGGUGUGUUUCCAGCUGCUCACGCUUACGGGAGGCUGGAUCUGAGACACACACACACACACACACCCUCUGCAGUCGGAGCAGAGCCGUCAGAGCCAGUACAGACACAACCACAAGCUGCUGUCUUUGUUUUUCUUUUUGUUUGUUUGUUUUGUAUAAAUGUCCAGAAGGCGAACACUGUAUUAUCUCUAAUAAACACAUAGAGACGCUGGAAAGGC